AAUCAAGACCUGUUUAUCAUAUUGGGAAAAAUUGAGUCUAAUAAAGAUGGCUGGUGAGAAAAAAGAUAAGAAUGAUGGUGAAAGUAGGAAAAACUUGAGUAAGAUGUCUACUGUUCAGAAAAAUAGAAAGAUAUCAAAAAGAAAUAAAGAAAUAUUAAAAGAAGUUGGAUUGUUUGCUGCCAAGACUACAGUAAUAUCAGGCGCCAUUCUUGGCGGGACUGCCUUAGCUCUUCCUCUUAUUGGUUUUACUGCUGGAGGAAUUGCAGCGGGUUCUCUAGCGGCUGCAUUUCAAAGUGCUUAUCUUGGUGGUACUAUUACGGCUGGUAGUUUAUUUGCAGUGUUACAAAGUGUGGGAGCUGCUGGACUGGCUGCUAGUACGCAAGCUGCUGUUGUUGCUGCUAGUGCAACUGCUGCAGGAACCCACUCAAUAGUAAAGAAUUUGAAGAAAAACAAAAAAUGUGAAUCGAAUACUUCCAGAAUCCAAGAGGAGCAAAAUGAGAACGAUGACGACAAGGAAGAAGAAGAGGAAGAUACUGAUCAAGUUAUUAAAACGAAGGAUUCGAAAAACCCAAAAAGAGCAAACCACGAAAGUAAUCUUCUAAACAAGGAUAGAAAUUUGUGGAAAAAAUUUUUUAGAAUUCGUUCCAAGAAUGGCGUAAAUAAGGCUGACGAAAUACGCAAAUAUUUUGACGAAGAUGACAUCGAAACAUUUAACCCCAAAUGGAAAGACGUGGUUCUAACUGCGUCCUAUAGUAACUAUACUGAUGAAGUCAUCAUAACACAACACCUUGUAAAAGAAUAUUAAUAUAAAAUAUAUUUGAAAUAUAUAUAAUGCUACUUGUC